UAGAUUGAUUCGCUUAAAUAGAAAUUCAAAAUGGCGAACGAUGCUCCUCACGCACCAACCCAAACGUGGGAAUUGAGUUUAUACGAGCUUCACAGGACACCACAAGAAGCAAUUACUGAUAAUACCGAGAUCGCAGUAUCUCCACGAAGCUUACACAGCGAAUUGAUGUGUCCGAUAUGUCUGGAUAUGCUAAAAAAUACGAUGACAACCAAAGAGUGUUUGCAUCGUUUUUGUCAAGAAUGUAUUAUUACCGCAUUACGAAGCGGAAACAAGGAAUGCCCGACAUGCAGAAAAAAAUUGGUAUCCAAACGGUCGCUGCGGCCUGAUCCUAACUUCGAUGCAUUGAUAUCCAAGAUCUAUCCUAGCCGGGACGAGUAUGAGGCUCACCAGGAGCGUGUUCUUGCAAAGCUUAAUACCCAUCACAGCACAACUGCCCUGAAACAAAGCAUUGAAGAAGGGCUUCGUCAACAAGCAUUGAAUCGAGCACAAAGAGUAAGAAAACAUGCAUCUGAUCCAGAAGGCAUGUUACGGAGUGGAGAAACUGGGUCCUGCACUUCAAAUGACAACACACCAAGAAAGAAACCUAAACAGUAUUCUGAUGACUCCAGUACAGAAAACUCUCUACUUGAAUGUCCAGAGCCAAGCCAGAAGGAGUCCACUCAACAGUUGAGUGAGAUUGAGCUUGUCUUCAAGCCACACCCGAAGGAUAUCAGUCCAGGCCAUGAGGAUCCAAGAUAUAUUAAAACAACGGCAAAUGCUACUGUUGACCACCUUGCAAAGUACUUGGCAAUACGGCUGGCAAUUGAGACGCAGGCAGAGGUAGAUCCCACGUCAGCUGAUGAAAAGAAGUAUGCCAUAUACAUUGCCACUAGUGGGGACAACUUCAUCCACUUGCCUGGCAAUAUCACCCUGGAACAAGUCAACGAUCGCUACUGGAAAAUAAACAAGCCCAUGGAAAUGUUCUAUUUGUUGCACAAGAAGCAAGUCACUGAAUCUCCUAAAAAGCAGGAGAAGUGAAGUUGUACUCUGUAAUUUCUGUUUCCUGAUUAAAACAGUGCUUGUUUUUUUUCUUAAAUAGAAUGCAUGAAGUUCUUAAUUGUAUGUUGUUAAAGGAGGAUUCUUAAACAAUGCACCCAUCAACGAUUGAGCUCUCUUAAAUCGUUGUCAAGUUGUGGAAUAAUCCAUUUAGCAGGCCUUUGUUGAUCCUAUCCAAAUACAUGUAGCUUCCUCAUUUGCAGACAAAAGUAAAAUCAUGGCAGGUGUGUGUUCAGUUUAAUUGUCCAUUAAAGAGUGCAUGAUGAUGAUGCUGUAUUCAGUUUAGGCAAAAAGUGUGGUCCCUGAUUAGCCUGUGUAGACUUCACAGGCUCAGGCAUGAAAAAGAAAAUACUAGAUUCGAAGUGGAAGAAAAAUUUAUAAUAAACAUUGUUGUUAAAGGCAUCCUUUGCUUCUUUUUAUCAGAUUUCUGACUGAGCAGCUAGAAACUCUGGUACAUUGAUAAAAUGAAGUAAGUUUGGAAUGUAACAAAACAUUAAUAAAACUCGAGGUUAAAGUUAAACUAAACACAAAUUAAUUUCAUUUACUUGGUAUGUUCAUGUUUUGUUCAGGUUUAUGUUGAUCUGUGUUUUCACAACUUCUUGUAUCUUUCAUCUUCUUACUUUAAAAGUAAUUGAUGUGUUUUAACAUUUGAUUCAAUGUUAAGAAUAACAAUUUGUUAUCCCUUGAAUGGUUGAUUUAUUAUAAUCUACAUUAAGUCAUUUAGUUUAAUUUGUUAAAGUGCAGUACUUUUCAACCCAUCUAGACAGUUGCUUCAAUCGACUUAAAUUGCUUCCAGAACACAUGCAUUCAUAGACUUAUAUAGUAAAUAACUUAAACAAUCUUCUUUGAUGAAACUGAUAAGAGUUAAGAGCUAAAUAUUUGGUGUGUUGUAUUUUAUUGAAGUACUUUCCAAGUUUGUUCAAAACAUGACCCUGGAGUACAAAUGUCCAGCCAAGGGGUUACUUGUUUUCGUUAUAUGCAUGUAGUAAAAACUUAAAAUAAUCACAAACCCACAAGACUCACAGGUUUGUUAGUUUGGCAUUUAGCAUCUUAUAGUGGUACAAUUCUAAGUUUGUCCAAACCAUGCCCUUUUUGUCAGAACUUGUCCACAGAGGUCAUUUGAUUUUUAUAGUAUUAUAUACAUGUACGAAAUAAAAUCUCUAGUCUAUAUGUGUACUAUGCACAUGUAGACUUUAUGUAUACUAAACACAUGCCUUGCUUUUAAAGAUUAAAGGGGCCUUUUCACAGAUUUUGUCAUGUUUUGAAGUUUGUCAUUAAAUGCUUUAUAUUGAUAAAUGUAAACAAUAAAUUUUAAAAGCUCAUGUAAAAAAUCAAAAAUAAAAUUUAAAAAAAGAAAAAAAAAGUAGCCCGUAGCAGGGCUCGAACCAGUGACCCCCGGAAUCCUGAAGUAAAAACGCAUAAGCCAACUGAGAUAUCCUGCCAAGCAUACAUAAGACGCGUAUUUUAUACCUUUUUUAAGCAAUCUUCGUAGUUUAACGAAUUUAAAAGACAACAACAGAACUCUCCAAAUUAUUCAAUCGUUUCGCAUUGCAACGCUUUAUAAUUUUUAUGUUUUUAAAUCGUCAAAAGGUGCAUAUAAUGGCUAUAUUAGACCAUGGCAAAUGUUCAGUAGUACUGUUUCCUCACAAAUAUCAUAACUAAACCGAAAAUUUGCGAAUCUGAAACAAUUUUUUUCAAUUUUGUCAAUUUACCAAACCGUGAAAAGAUCCCUUUAAUGCAUGUGUAUGUAAAUAUGAUUGGUUGAUAAUUGUGAAGGAAUUGAUGUGUUAUUGAAGCAAUGUAAAUAAAUAUGUACAUAAUUAUGUAAUUUUUGUUUCUUAUUACACUGUUUCAAGUC